UCUUUUGGUUCACACCAACACAUGGCCACACUUUUUUUUUUUUGCAGUUUCUCCUGAACAUUGAUUUUAUCAAACAAAAUGGAAAGAUACAAAUUUUCCACUGAUGCUUUGGCCGGAAACUUGCGCGACUACAUCCAGCAUUGGUUAGUUAUUAAUUUUUGCAUAAAGACUAAUGCCAUGUCUACUUUUUUCCCCUGCAUCGAGCAUCUUUUAAACCCAGCAAUGCUAUUGUAAGUUUCGUUUCUUUACUUCCAAACACUGAAUGGACAGAUAAUGGUUCCUGUGCUCCACCACUAUCACUGGUCUCUAGAUGCAAUCAACAUUGCACACAGGCUGGUUGACAUAAUGGAUACAAACAACUACACUUUGCUCGGAACACUGGUAAGCGACCACCAUGGUGCGUUGGCCAAACGCAUCGUCAAGCGUCUGAGCGAUGCGCUGCAGGCGGUAGUGCCGAAGAGCUUCUGCAGGUUCGGCGGCUUUAGGAAGAACAUGAUGGAGUGCCCAAAAAUACAAAUUUGCUCCAUCGACUGCGCCUUCUAUAUCAUGCGGUUCAUGGAGGCUUACGACGGCAACAUGGAAUCCAUCGAGAAUCUUUCCAUCCCGACUGACUCGGUGAUUGUCCGGUCAAGCACCCUGCACCAGCUGAUGUUCAGCGAGUACAACCAAGCCGCGCCUCUCCAUUCCGAUAUCUAGAAGUUCCGCGGAACUGAUGUUAUCGAUCCUGCGGCCUAAAAAAACAGUCAUGCUUUACCUUUUUGGAAAAACUUUUUCAUUGGGAUACAUGAUGUCUUUACCAUAGCUUAGAACUAGUGUGGUCUCACUAUAUAUGUUUCUUUUGGUGUUUGUCACUGUACAUUUCGAAUGGUACUGGUUAGUGUGAUGACCCCUUAUAGAAUGUCAAGG